GGGAAUUACCGGAGAAACUCCGAGAGGAGCUGAGAGUGGGGUAGGACUCUGCAAGAGCUGACAGCUUGGUUAAAGCCGAGCCAGGAGAGGACCAGCGGGUUUCCGCUUCCCUCCAGGACAUUGGGUGAGGCAGUGAGGCCGGAGCUCGACAAAGAGCGCCGCUAUGUGGCCCCCCGACGCAGAUCCGGAGCCCGAUCCGGAGUCCGCGGACCGCCCCCGAAGUGGCAGGACAGUGCCCGGGCUCCGCGCCCUGCUGCCCGCGCGCGCCUUCCUCUGCUCGCUCAAAGGCCGCCUCCUGCUGGCCGAGUCGGGUCUUUCAUUCAUUACCUUCGUCUGCUAUGUGGUGGCCUCGGCAUCUGCCUUCCUUACGGUACCUCUGCUGGAGUUUCUGUUGGCUGUUUACUUCCUCUUUGCUGAUGCCAUGCAGCUGAAUGACAAAUGGCAGGGCCUGUGCUGGCCCAUGAUGGACUUCCUGCGCUGUGUCACUGCUGCCCUCAUCUACUUCGUCAUCUCCAUCACUGCUGUCGCCAAAUACUCAGACGGGGCUUACAAAGCAGCUGGAGUUUUUGGCUUUUUUGCCACCAUUGUGUUUGCAAUUGACUUCUACCUGAUCUUUAAUGAAGUGGCCAAAUUCCUCAAGCAAGGAGACUCUGUGAACGAGCCCACAGCCCACAGGACAGAAGGAGAAGAUGAUUCCAACUCGGACUCGGACUCUGACUGAAGGCCUGUCUGCGCCUGGCAACUGGAGCACUUAGGCCUCCCACCCAUACCGUCCUGAUGCGGCUACAGAAGCAUGGCAGUGGAUGCCCAUGGGAGAGCAGACCAGGGAGCCAGUCUCUCGAGAUGGCGCUCCUGAGCCUCACACUCCAAACUGGCUGUGCUGGCUUCGUCUGCUGAGCUAGCACAUGAGGGCACUUUGAAUAGCCUACGUUCUCCUGUUUCGGUCCUAAAGACCUUGAGCCUUUUCACCUCAGUGCCCCACAGAAGCAGAUGUGUCACAUGGAGCCAGUCACUGCAGUUCAUGUGGCAGCACAGGGUGGGGCAGGGCUGUCCUUCACUUACAGGGACAGACAGAAACCACAGCAGGCUGACCCACCCAGCCCCAGUGGGCUCUGCAUGGAGUGCUCCUGUUCACACCUGCACUUUGUUGAGAUGACUUUCAGGAAUCUUUGUUCAAGGAGUCUCCCUCCUCACUGUGAAGCAGGGAGAAGUCUUGCAUGGUGGGUCUGAGACCUUUCCAGAAAAGAGCCCAAAGACCUGCUUUCCAGGGCCAGCGGACAGGGAGCCAACUGCAGAGGCAGUGACAAAGUCACAGUGGCUGGGCGGGCCCAGUCAAGCCCUCUCCUCCUGGGGUUGCUAAGACAACGUGCUUCCUUUGGACACCUGGGCAGGUCCACUGGUGACAUGGGCCUUCUCUGUGUUCACUUGGGGGCUGAUCCUGUGUAUGUCUUUGAUGUUUUCUAACUUUUUUGUAAUUCUUUUUUAUUCAAAAGUGAAGUAACAAAUGGCAUUUUCUGUGACCCAAGAGGCCCCAUGAAUGAGCCAGAGUUCUGGGCCCAUGUCUUGGGCAUUUGUAACCUUCCUACCUUGCAUGUGAAUCCCCUCCCUAAAAGAAUGCCACAAUGGAUUAAAACAAACUGACUACCUGUUCA